UCUAGACCUUACACGCAUCGGAAACAAUGACAAGCACGGUGUAGGGGAGUAAAGACUUGAGGAAAAUAAUCAAAGCCAUUACUGAAGUCAUUAUUUUAUCCAAGGACACCAACAGACAAGUAAAUCAUGGAUUCUUCAGGUGCUCUCGGGGAGGAGAGAACAUCUCCCCCGAGCUCCCUUCUCAUCAAUGCCGGUGGAGGUUCGACCCAUCGCAAACGCCGCACCCUCAUAGCACCGGAUAUGAACCUGUCCCUGGAUCAGAGUGAAGGAUCUCUGCUGUCUGAUGAUUUCUUGGACACGCCCGAUGAUCUGGACAUCAACGUGGAUGACAUUGAAACUCCCGAUGAGACGGACUCUCUGGAGUUUCCAGCCAACGGAAACGAUAUAGAAUGGGAAGAUGACACGCCGGUGGCCUCAGCCAAACCAGGCCCUUCUGAUGGAGCCGAAGAAGAUGGCGAGGUUGGAAAUGGGCGUCUGUGGAGAACCGUCAUUAUUGGCGAGCAGGAGCAUCGGAUCGACAUGCAGCUCAUUAGACCAUACGUGAGGGUGAUAUCUCAUGGAGGUUAUUAUGGAGACGGGAUGAAUGCCAUCAUUGUGUUCUCAGCAUGUUAUCUACCCGACAGCAGCUGCCCAGAUUAUCACUACAUCAUGGAAAACCUUUUCCUGUACGUAGUGAGCAGUUUGGAGAUGUUAGUUGCUGAGGAUUACAUGAUAAUCUACAUGAACGGAGGAACGACACGCAGCAAGAUGCCCGGGAUCAGUUGGCUGAAAAAGUGCUAUCAGAUGAUCGACAGAAGAUUAAGGAAGAACCUGAAGUCACUGAUUAUUGCUCAUCCAUCCUGGUUUAUACGCACAGUCCUGGCCAUCUCCAGACCCUUCAUCAGUGUGAAGUUUAUGAACAAAAUCCGCUACGUGCACAGUUUAGAGGAACUGGAGCAGAUCGUCCCCAUGGAGCACAUCCACAUCCCCGAGUGUGUUAUACAGUAUGAUGAAGAGAGGAUCCAAGCACGUAAAGAACGGAUGGAAGAGGAGGAGAGCGAGCAUCAACAAAACCAGCAAGAGUCAGCCAGCACAGAUAGACCAUCCACAACAGCCACACAGACGGUAGAAGAUCCCGUCCUGUGAGUGAGACGUCUGCUGAUCUGAGACCAGCUUACAGAUUCCUAAUCAGAUCCCCAAACCAGUCGCUUCCAAAGUACAUGCAGCAGCACCCUGUCCAAACAUGUUUCACAAUCUCUCACAAUAAAAGGGUUUAAAUCCAUAA